AUGACUGAGAGCAGAGCAUUGUCCUCUUAUGAUGGAACUUAUAAUAGUUUAAAGGAUGUCUAAAGGAUAGGAUCGUAUGAUUAUGGAAAUACUUUAUCUAACUUUAACAAUUAAAAAUACACAAACUCAAAACCCAAUCAUCAAAUGAUGGACACAAAAUCAUAUCUUGAAUAAUUAGAAUAAAAAUAUUCCAAGAAAACUAAUGGAUAUAAUGAUAGUGAUUCUGAUGAUUUUUCUAACGAUUGUUCUCCUAAUAAAGCAGCUUCAUAGGUUCCAACAAAAUUUUAAAAAAGCAAAGUGUCUGCAAAUAUUUAGAAUUAACCUGAAUUCAAAAUUCCAGUUGACAUCAAUUUAUCAAGAGGCCCAAGCGAAAUCGGACAAGAUUAUAAGAUAAUAUAAGAUAUGAAUGAAAAAUACGGAAGCAUAGCUUAAUCAAGGAUUACAAUAGUUGAUUAGGAUGCAAAAAGAAGAUUCUUUGAACUUGCUUUAGAAAUGAAGAAAGAUUUGCCACAAAAUCAUCCAGGUUAAUCUAUGCUAGUAGCCUAAUUAUAUACAGAAAGUGUUCAAAAAUAAAUAUCUGAAAAAUAUUGGAAAUAAUGGUUAUAGACUAGAUUAAAGAAUUGA